UUUUUGAAAGAAAUAAAAACUAACGAAAUGGCUUGUAUUGAUUUUUGAGAAAUUUCUUUAAAGCCCAGUUGUGCGUGCAGUUUGUUUACAUUCCUUAAACUUUCAAGUGUGUUGAAUUCGUUCAUGAGAACCAUAUGUGCAAAAGUAAUGAGAAUUUUCUCUCUUUUAAUUACUAAGCCGUCUAUUUAGUUGUUGAAAGCCUUAUAAUGAUAACACCGCCAUAUAAUAAGAUAAAUUGUUUGAAAAAGAACAAAAAAUCAGGCAAAAAAUCUAUAUAAAAAUUCAAAAAUAAUAUCAUAUCAAUUUCAUUAACAUUCAUUAACAGACGGUCUUGAUUGACAUGCUAAGAAAUUCUCAAACUAAUCAAAACUACGUGCGUUUCAUUAAGACUCCUGUUGGCCUUUCGGUGCGUUACAAAUAUAAUAGUGAAUUUAACACAUCGUUGUCUCUAAAGGAUAAUUUUAUUGAAAAUAAACGUGAUUACUAAAAAGAAUAAUAAUAAUUCAAUGUUGCAUUCUUUGAUAAGGGACUUUUUGAAACUAAGACUAUGCACAACUUUGCAAGUACGUGAAAAAGGCCAUCUUAGCCGACCACAUUUACGCAAUCCAUCCUGGUUUCUACGUAAAGAACGCAAAAUGCGAGAUAAUCUAAUCACUUCGGAAAACAAAUCGUUCGUGCAAGAAAUGGUGCACGAUGUAUAUGGCCAGCCUUCGAUUAUUAAAGGAGUACAAUCAUACAAUCAGAAAUGUCAAACGCAAUUAGUUAAAACAGAGGAUUUAGAAGUGCAGCCUUGGACGCCGUACGCACGUCGCACUGGCGUCAUAGCGCGUAAAAUUGGCCAAUAUCCCCUUUGGUUGAAAAAUGGGGAGAAAAUUAGAACCACUUUGUUACACGUGGUUGAAAAUUAUGCUAUUAAAUAUACACCCCCGGAGGAAUAUAAACCUGCUCAACGUCCUAAAAUGGCCGAAUUAAACAAGUACGGAUGUUUGCUUGUUGGUGCUGAAAGUUGUGAUCCAUCAAUAUUAACGAAAGAAUACUGCAAUCUGUUUAAGAAUUCAGGAGUGAUGCCGAAAAGACAUUUAGCCAGGUUUAUAAUAUCACCUUCGGCGGCUAUUACUCCUGGCACCCCUCUAAAUGCAAAUCAUUUUCGGGUUGGAGAUUACGUAGACGUGCGAGGAAAAACAGUCGAUCACGGUUUCCAAGGUGUCGUUAAGCGGCAUGGGUUUAAGGGAAUGCCUGCUUCUCACGGUGUUACGAAAACCCAUCGUCGACCUGGUAAUAUUGGCGGUGGAGGUGAAAAAGGCAGAGUUUGGCCGGGAACAAAAUUGCCUGGUCACAUGGGUAAUCGUUGGCGCAAAGCAAAAGGUUUACGCAUUUGGCGCAUUAAUAAUAAGUAUAACGUUUUGUGGGUCCAAGGCAGUGCAAUACCAGGUUCCACAAACGGUUUAGUGUACAUAUACGAUACUAUUUUGCCUUUGCGUAGACAUAAAAUAGCGCCUCCGUUUCCAACUGCUUUGAACGAUCCAGAAGGAUGUGAAGAUGUAUGGUUCGAGGAUGUUCAUAAUUUUAAAUCUGAGACAAUAACAUUUAAGCCGGAAGAACAAAAUUGAACGCUUCUUUUCGAUAUAAAAUAAAAAUAUUUAUACCUUAAAAUUUU